GCCACAGAGUCGAGACGAACAUAAACUGAGAAACUACAGCUAGCGCACAAAUCCAAACUCGUACACAAACACAAACACAAACACAAUCUCAAGCUCAAACCUCCACUGCUUUCUUUUACUUAUUAUUAUUAGUGAGUAAAAUGGACGAAGAAGAGAUAUGGAAAUGUCCAAAACACCCUUCCAAGCGCCGCCGUACUGGGAUAUGCCACGUCUGCCUCCGCGACCGUCUCUCCACCCUCUGUCCCGACUGCGCUAACGCGCGCCCAUGCGCUUGCUUCGCCGCCACAGCAACACAAACGACGUCGUCUUCGUCGUCUUCCUCCUCCUCCUUCUCUCGCUUCUCAUCACACGACGUCGUUGGAGGAGGAGGAGGAGGACCCGGACCCACAGGCCGAGUCUCCAAUCUCAUCGAAAGCGAACCGGCUUUCCGUCGCUCCAGAUCCGUCGCGAUUCCCUUCCUCCGGUCCAGGUCCCGGUUCGUCGGAACCGGGUCCGACACCGAGUUCAGAGACACCACGCCCAAGGCCAAAGCGUCGUCGUUUUGGUCCGUCUUCCGGUCCAGCAAGAAGGUUGAAGAAGUGAACGACAACCUCAGUAGUAGUACGAUGAUGAGGAGGUCGAGAUCCGUUGCCGUUUCGAUGACGUCAGAUUCUGGCAAAGCCAAAGGGUGGAGUUGGUAUUUUCCGAGUCCGAUUAAGGUUUUUCGACAGUCCAAGAUUUCUAAGGUUGUUCAUGAACGGUCUCCUUUGUACAGAGGUUGAUUUUUAUUUUUUUAACUUUUCUUUUUUGUAAGCUUUUAAUUUCAAUAUUAUUAAAAAAAUAUAGUAUAUUUUCUAUAUAUGAAUAUGGAUUAAUUAAGAGGAAAAAGAAUACAAAUGAGUGAUUGUGGUUUUAACUUUUAAA